UGGGUUGGUCACCAUGGGUGGUGUAACGGAACCAGUUUUCCUGUGGCUGCAAGUUGUGUUGGGGGUAACCCUCCACAGAGCCCGUCGUACUUUACUGCAGGCUGCCAUCCUCUUCUGCGUUUUAGCGCUGCUGGUCUGGGUGGCCGUCUUCCUCUAUGGUAGCUUCUACUACUCCUAUAUGCCCACCGUCAGCUUCUCUACACCAGUGCACUACCACUACAGUUCCGACUGUGAUGCUCCCAAUUCCGUCCUCUGCUCUUUCCCUGUGGCUAACAUCUCACUGCUGAAGAAUGGCAAAGACCAGGUUAUGAUCUAUGGUCAGCCAUAUCGAAUCUCUUUAGAGCUGGAAAUGCCUGAGUCGAUUGUCAACAAACAGCUUGGCAUGUUCAUGAUUAAGAUGUCUUGCUACACCAACGAUGGCCAGACAGUUGCAGCUGUGGUGCGCUCUGCUAUGCUGCACUACCGCUCUGGUCUUCUGCAGACCUUGAAUACUUUACUGUUCUCUCCUCUCCUGCUGACUGGGAUGACGGAGCAGAAGCAGCUCGUUGAGGUUGAGCUCUUCUCAGACUACAAGGCCAAUUCUUAUCAACCCACUGUUGGCGCUGUCAUUGAGAUUCAGUCUCAGCGGGUGCAGGUCUAUUCAGUUCAGCUCAGGAUCCAUGCUUUCUUCACUGGCAUCAGAUACCUCCUGUACAAUUUCCCGGUGACGUCUGCAGUGAUCGGUGUGGCCAGCAACUUUGCCUUCCUCAGUGUCAUUGUGCUCUUUGGAUACCUACAGUUUAUAUGGGGGGGACUUUGGCCUCCCGAGCAGGUCAGGGUUAUGAUGGGAGACACGACUCGCAUGCAGUGGAGAAGAGAAGAGGCUCGGAAGCGCAUGUCCUUCUCACAAACUAAAAUUCCUCAGAAAGACAAUGAUCAUGUUGCUGAGCAGUUGGAAGAACCUAGACAAGAAGCAUCCGUAAUACAGAAAGGAAGGUGAACUCACUGAAGUCUGAGAUUUCCGAGUUUCCAGUUGUUUUGGA